UUCCUCCGCUCCGACUCGGUUUGAUUUUUCUCUGAUCCGUGAUUAUUAUUACUAUUACUUUUUUCCCUCCUCGGCGGUUCCUGUCCGUGCUACAUGACUUGCCAGCGCUUGAGACUGCGGUCCAACUGCGCUGCCGCUGCCGCCGCCACCGCCGCCGGUGGUGCCGCCGCCGCCGCCUCGGCCACCGCCACCGCUUCGGCCGCCGCCUCCGCCGCCGCCCCGCGCGCAGCUCCUUCAGCCGCCGCAACUUUCCCCCUCAGACUAGUGUGUGAUGUUGGACAUGGGAGAUAGGAAGGAAGUGAAAAUGCUGCCGAAAUCCUCCUUUAGCAUAAACAGCCUGGUGCCCGAAGCCGUCCAGAGCGACAACAACCACAGCAGCCACAGCCACCACAACAGCCACCACCCCCAUCACCACCACCACCAUCACCACCAUCACCACCACCCGCCGCCACAGCAGCCCCAGCGAGCGGCCGCAGCCGAGGAGGAGGACGAGGAGAAGGGACAGCACCUCCUGCCGCCCCCCACUGCCACCGCCUCCGGCGCCCUGGAGGUGGCCAAGGCGGACAUGCUGGCGGGCAAAGGCGAGGCGGGCGCGGCGGCGGCAGCGGAGCUGGAGGAGAAGGAGAAAGCGGCCGAGGAGAAGAAGGGGGCGGCGGAGGGGGCCAAAGACGGGGAGAGCGGGAAGGAGGGGGAGAAGAAGAACGGCAAGUACGAGAAGCCGCCGUUCAGCUACAACGCGCUCAUCAUGAUGGCCAUCCGGCAGAGCCCCGAGAAGCGCCUCACGCUCAACGGCAUCUACGAGUUCAUCAUGAAGAACUUCCCCUACUACCGGGAGAACAAGCAGGGCUGGCAGAACUCCAUUCGGCAUAACCUCUCGCUCAAUAAGUGCUUCGUCAAGGUGCCCCGCCACUACGACGACCCGGGCAAAGGGAACUACUGGAUGCUGGACCCCUCCAGCGACGACGUCUUCAUCGGGGGCACCACCGGCAAGCUCCGCCGGCGCUCCACCACCUCUCGGGCCAAGCUGGCCUUUAAGCGGGGCGCCAGGCUCACCUCCACCGGACUGACAUUCAUGGAUAGGGCAGGAUCUUUGUACUGGCCUAUGUCCCCUUUCCUCUCCCUGCACCACCCUCGGGCCAGCAGCACUUUGAGUUACAAUGGGACCACGUCCGCCUACCCCAGCCACCCCAUGCCCUACAGCUCAGUGUUGACUCAAAACUCCUUGGGAAACAACCACUCCUUUUCCACGUCUAAUGGGUUAAGUGUUGAUAGACUAGUCAAUGGAGAGAUACCUUAUGCCACUCAUCACCUCACAGCAGCAGCUCUGGCCGCCUCAGUGCCGUGUGGCUUGUCAGUUCCCUGCUCCGGCACCUAUUCCCUAAACCCUUGCUCUGUAAAUCUCCUAGCAGGACAGACGAGUUACUUUUUUCCCCAUGUUCCUCACCCUUCAAUGACUUCUCAAAGCAGCACUUCAAUGACGGCCAGGGCAGCCUCCUCCUCCACGUCGCCACAGGCGCCCUCCACUCUUCCCUGUGAGUCCUUAAGACCUUCUUUGCCAAGUUUUACAACGGGACUUUCCGGAGGACUUUCUGAUUAUUUCACACAUCAAAAUCAGGGGUCUUCUUCAAACCCUUUAAUACAUUAACAUCCAUGGGAUCAGACUGUAAGUGAACAUUUUACACACAUUUGCAUUGUAAAUGAUAAUUAAAAGAAAAAAAAAGCAAAACAAAAAGGUCCAGGUAUUUUUUAUUAAGUCCCCCAUUUUCUGUACGUUUGUUCAGUCUUUAGGGUUGUUUAUUAUUCCACCAAGGUGAGGAGUGUCAGCAAGGUGCAAUGUGGGGAGAUUGCAUUGUAGACUAUGAAGUUUGGAAGACAAAAUUAUAGUAGAAUGUGUAUCUAAAUAGUGACUGCUUUUGCAAUUUUUUAUUCAAAUAUGAUAAGUCUAUCACUAAAAGCCACCCGAUUCUCCAUGUUUGCAGUAUUAUAAGUUAUCAUGGAUAUGUCGGUGGGUGCAGACCUUGAAAGUAAAAAAAACCAAACCAAACCACUAAAUUCAUGAAAACAAUAACAAGAGCUUAAAACAUAAUUUGUAUUUAAGCAGAAUUAAUACUGAAUGAUGCCCAAGAUCUACUUUUGGCCAUUUAUUAUUUUAUUAUUUUCUUUACCGAACUGUUUUUUUUU